UCAAAAAGGGUAUCUUGCUAAUCUCUAAGGUAUCUUACUCUUCCCUAACCAUGCGUCGUCUGAUCCUGGCCCAGCGGAAUGGAAGGGUACCGCUGCUAAUUAAAUGCAUGCAAAUACAACCAAGAAUCCUCAUUAUCUCAUGGCUCCCCCAUCCUCUCUCCCUCCCAGCUCAUUUUGUGGUCACCAUUUGCCCAGUGAUCCUAUGUCUAAUGUGUAUUUUUGACCCUCUAUCAAGUCCCAAUAUGCGUGAGCGGUCAAGAUGCUCAGUGGUGUGAACUCAACGCAAACACAAAAAAGGUGUCGGAAUCGCAUGGCCAAAGUUCAUCAUGUGCUCCUUGUCCCAACCAUACCCCCCAACCCGACCCCAUAGCCUCAGGUUUUGUUACUCACAAAGAGAUACGCCCAAAGUGUAAGUGGUGGGGAAUGGCAGUUCGUUUCGAGAUGGUCAUAAGAUAGCCGCAAU